AUGAAACAGCCAAUUUUUUUUGUUACCGGGACCGACACUGACGUGGGAAAGACUUUCAUUUCCUCACUGCUGGUUGGGAAAUGGAAGGCCAACUACUGGAAACCAGUUCAAACGGGCGUUGAGUGUGACACCGCAGAUAGUGAAACCAUAUUCCAGACACUAAAGCAGGAAAUAUGGAAGCCUAAAAUUUGGCCUCCUCGAUACGAGCUCCUGAAGCCUUUGUCGCCAUACGAAGCAAUGAAAUACGAGCCAGCCAUUGACAUAAAGCUUUCAGACUUUGAAAUUCCAGAAAAGAGUGGCCUUAGACCUCUUGUCGUGGAAGGUGCGGGUGGUGUGGCAGUCCCAAUUACAAAGAACAGAGAGACAACAGUUGACCUCAUUCACGAAUUGAUUUCGAAGUGUGAUCGGCCUUUUUUUAUCAUAGUUGUCGCACGAAGCAAUCUGGGAACCCUAAAUCACACUUUUUUGACUUUGGAUUAUCUGCGUUCAGGUGGGUUGGGUGAAAAAGUGCUUGGAGUUAUUAUGAAUGGAGAGCACAACCCGGGAAAUUUGCAAGUCAUGAAGGAGUUUGGGGUGAAUAUUUUAGCUACGGUGGAUUACCAUAAGUCCCUUUCUAAGGCCCUGCUAGAAAUCCCUUUACUUGAUCAGGUUUUGUCAGAGGAAUUCUAG